AGCUGUAUAUGCCGCCUUUCUGGUAGCAUGUCGCCGUAGAGAGUUGGAAUCUUCGAGUCGACAGGAUGUGGAGGUCAAUGAAGCGAAACUUGUGCAGCUAUUCUGCAAGGCGGAUCCCGUCAGUGCACUGCAUGACGAAGUGAUGCGCUUGUUGAACCAAAAGACGGAGUCCACUUCGCUUUUGACACAUAACACAGUGGCAGAGGCCGUGAUGUGGCGGGCGAUGCACGCGGACUCCCAUGAAGACUUUGUUGUUGCACUUCGAGAGGCUCUUGAGGCGUGUGUCUCAUUUUGGUUGGCCGAGCCACAUGCCGAACUGGACGCCAUUUCUGAUGUUUCUGGCAUCCUGCGGCGCAACAUCCUUCCUUACUUACAGGAGAAAAAUGAGACUUUGGGUGAUAUAGAGUUGAUUGAGGCACACUUCUGGAUAAAGUUUGCGGAGGUUCGGUCGACGGCAGACGAACACGCACGGAGUACCGCACAACUUGACGUUGCACUUGGUGGAGGCGAUCGGACGCUUGUCUUCCAGUUGGCUCAGGAUGAGUCUGCACUGUUGCGGGAGCUUCAUGCGUUAACGCAAGAAGCGCUUUCACACGGGGGCGCGUUGGUGCGUCGAUCUCGCUCCUGCGUCACCGCCGUCACGUGGAUUGUGCAGGUAUUUGCAGAGGAAGUGGCGCUUUCUGUGCGCCUUGCCACGCCGGGGGCCAGCGUAAUGAUAGAGCAACUGAGGAAGGUCUUUGCACUCGUCGAGCAGCUGGAUGGACUGGGCUACAUUGACCCGAACCUUAUUCCGCGGCAGAGCGCGAGGGAGUUGUUUGAUGCAGUGCGAGCGGCACGUGUAGCCUGCGGUCAGAAGUCGCACGACCUGCUGGUGAGCGAGGCGAAAAAAACGGCAGCGGCUCGGCAGUUGCCCCUUUAG